CUCAAAAGCAGCGCGAUAAGCGUACAACAACAACAAGAACAUUAGCAGCGGCAGCAUCAUCGGCAGCAGCUUCAGAUAUUGAGAGAUACGCGGCGGCAUCAGUGACAGUCGAUUGACUGCAAUCAAGGUGACAACAACACGUCGCGGCAAACAACCAAUCUGAGCAAGUGAAGCCAAUUGAGGUGAAUUGAAGUGAACAAGUGAGCUCCAGUGUUGUAAAGUGACAAGAGACAAGUGCAAUAAGCGAUAUGGUGAUGCUGCAGUCGCCAGCGCAAAAGCCCAGCGAUAGCAUUGGGGCACAGCCCACGGCCGUCGGCGGUCUGAUGAGUCCGAAUUCGAAUCCUGAUUCACCCAAAUCUAACACCUCGCCCGAGCUAGCUAAUGUGGGCAGCAAUGCGGGUGCCGAGGGCGUGUCCGUGUCCAGUAGCGCCUCCAGCGCAGCAACAACCAUCAGCGCUCCCGCUGCCAAGUUACCCAAGUUUAUAAUAGGCGCCAGUGGACAGGCUGCCAAGCAGGAGCAGGAUCUGCGCUACUCAAUUGAGCGUUUAAAGCAAAUGACUAGCGAAUCUGGCAUGCUCAGUCGCUUGAGUCCAACGCAUGAGGAUGCAGAUAAGGAGAAGAGUAACCACAACAACAACAAUAAUAUUAAUAAUAAUAAUAAUAAUAACAACGUUAGCAAUAACAACAAGAACAAUUCACGACGAUCGCAGUCACCGCCAGCGAAUGUCGGUGGCUUUCCAUUGCAAGCACAACAGCGCAAGCUACUGGAACUGAACGCAGUGCGUCAUUUGGCACGGCCGGAGCCCUUGCAGCAUCCCCAUGCGGCACUGCUGCAGCAGCAUCCGCAUUUGUUGCAGAAUCCACAGUUUCUAGCCGCUGCCGCUCAGCACCAUCACCAACAGCAGCAGCAGCAGCAGCAUAUGCACCAUCAUCACCACCAUCCUGCACACCCACAUCCACAUCACCCAGCAGCCGCUGUGUUUCAUCUGCGUGCAACUGCAGCGUUGCCCACUGCCACUAGCAAUGGCAGCGGCACCACUGCACCACCAUCGCCUGCUACCUCGCCGCUGUCGCCACCCACAUCGCCCAACACAGGCACAGGAGGCAACCAAACAACACAUUCCGAGCCACAAACGGGAUCGCCUUUGGCCACCGCAAUAACACCAGCAAAUCCGUCACAUUCCGCGCUCCCAGCACCGCCACAGCCGCCGCCACCACCGCCACAGGCAAUGUCUAGCGCACAGUUGCACUUGGGUGCUGGUCCACAUCCAGUGAUGGGCCGCAUUAGUCCAACAUCCGCCAACGACAUGGAUCUGGAGCGUAUUAAACUGGUGGCAGCGGUUGCCGCGCGCUCCAGUCAAAGUCAAGCGGCCAGUACAUCCGCCGCGGCAUCGACCAGCUCCUCCUCCGCCUCACCCUCUGGCCGUGACUUAAGUGAUUACGGCUUCAGAAUACAACUGGGCGGCCUGGCAGCUGCAGCGGCUGCUGCGGCGGCCACAUCACGCCAGAUUUCGGCUGCUAAUUAUGCGCGGAGCGAUACCAGCGAAGAGCUGAACGUCGAUGGCAACGAUGAGGACAGCAACGAUGGCUCCGGUUCGCACAGCACACCGUCGGUCUGCCCCGUGGAUCUGACGCGCUCCGUGCCGAAUAGUGCCAACAAUGCGGGGACUGCAUCCACCAGUGGAGCCAGCGACAGGGAGGCUACCAAGCGUCUGGCUUUCUCCGUGGAGAAUAUAUUGGAUCCCAAUAAGUUUACGGGCAACAAAUUGCCUGCGACAGCGCCACCCUUUGGACAUCCGCGUCAGUGGAGCUACGAGCGAGAUGAGGACAUGCACGAGCAUCUGGAUGAUGAGCACAGCGAGGAUAUGUCUGCUCAGGAUCUUAAUGACAUGGAUCAGGACGAUAUGUGCGACGAUGGCAGCGACAUAGACGAUCCCAGCAGCGAAACCGAUUCCAAGAAAGGCGGCAGUCGCAAUGGCGAUGGCAAGUCCGGCAGUGGCAGCGGUGGUGGCGGCUCCAAGCCGCGACGCGCACGCACCGCCUUCACCUACGAGCAGCUGGUAUCGCUGGAGAAUAAGUUCAAAACGACGCGCUAUUUAAGCGUGUGCGAGCGUUUGAAUUUGGCCCUCAGUCUGAGCCUGACUGAAACGCAGGUCAAAAUCUGGUUCCAGAAUCGACGUACAAAGUGGAAAAAACAAAACCCAGGAAUGGACGUGAACAGCCCUACCUUGCCGCCACCCGCUGGUGGCUCCUUUGGACCUGGCGCCUAUGCCAGUAGUCUGCUCUAUCCGCACGCCGUGCCCUAUCCGCCGUACGGACCAUAUUUUCAUCCCCUGGGCGCGCACCACUUGAGCCACUCGCACUCAUAAAAUUGCAAGAUGCAACAGCGUUUGUUGCAACUCUUCGAAAAGCGUGCCAAGGGUACAGGUGCAGAGGCACGGGCAGGCCCGGGAGCCAAUGCAUUGUAAAUAUGAAACCGCUUUAAAUGUUGUUUAGUCUCGCCUGUACAUAGUUCUUGUACAAAUACCUAUAAAGCAUACUUAGCGCUUAAAUUGAUUACAGCCAACGAAGCCCAAAGAUGUUGCAAGCUCAAAUUCGACAUAUCUAGUAUUAUAAUUAUGAGUAUGUAAUUACUGUAACUAUUUACUUAUGAGUAUGUAAUUAUUUUAACUAAGUACUUAUGAGCAUGUAACAAUUUUUAGCAUUUAAGUGGCAAACGAAAUCAAAA